AUGAAUUUUUCUGAAGGAAAUGAAAAUAAAGAAAAUGAAAUUGAAAAUGAUACAGAAAGUGAUAAUUCAGAUUCUAUUGAGUCUAAAGAUGAGGAAAGUAAUUUAGAAUUUGAAUCUGAAAGUGAUAGUGAUAAUGAUAAGAAUAUUUUAGAUGAAAUCCCUGUAAUGAUGGGAGACUCAUUAGUUAAAACUGAAUUGAAUGUUGGUACUUUAA